AUGACGCUUUCUAAAAUCUACAUUCGGUGGUCUUAUGCGGUGAUCUUUUCCGGGGGACGACGCAUCCUCUUCUUCUUCUUCUUCCGAGGAGACCAGGACGAGCCAUCAUCUUCUUCGGACCAGUUUUCUUUGAUUGCCUUCAUGGCUUCUUCAAAUCAGGAUGAGAUGGAGGAGGAGGAGACUGUGGACCUCCAAGAGGAUUACAUGAGUGGUGAUGAGGAUAUGGAUCAAGAGGAGGACCAACAAUACCCACCAGCCGAGGCAACAAGUACAGUGGAGAGAGGUAAACGCAGGACCUCUAAGUGUUGGAAGCAUUUUAAGGUCAUAGGACCGAAAUAUCCUGAUGGUAGAAGUGACUGCAGAUGUAUCGUUGCAAUUAUACAUACUGCAUAG